UGCAAUAUAUGCACUGAUGAGGAAGAAGUGUGAGUUAAGAAAAGUAUAUAUCUUGGUGACAUAUUGUUGUAGACAACUCAUGAACUCUUCAACUUUUCUCCUAAUAAAGUAAGUAAUUUCUUGUUUCUCAUCUGCAUGCUGGGGAUCAUCAAUUGUGCAAUAUAAAGCCGAUUACUACUUACUUCUCGUUACCUGGCUAGUUCCAUCAGAUUGAACAACAUAAGUUCAAUUUUCUUUACGAAAAUCCAGAAUGAGCGACGAGUACAACACAUCGCCGUAUAGACGCUACAAGAACGACCCCGAGGCCGGCAACACAAACUAUGAGGAGGAUGAAGAUGAAUGCUCUGGGCCCUUCAACAUUGUGCGUACAAAAAGGGCUCCAGUCGACCAGUUGCGCAGGUGGAGGCAAGCUGCGCUGGUAUUGAAUGCCUCUCGACGAUUUCGGUAUACAUUGGACUUGAAGAAAGAAGAAGAGAGGAAGGAAUUAAUUGCAAAAAUUCGAAUGCAUGCUCAAGUCAUUCGGGCUGCUGUUCUUUUCCAAGCAGCUGGCAAAGGAUUGAGUGUUCCAGGAUCUGCAAAGUCACCUUCAACCUCUACACCAACUCGAGUUGGAGAUUUCGGUAUCAGUGCUGAAGAAUUGGUGAAGGGAGUGGCUGAGAAGUUGAUGUCUGAUGCCGACAAAGGUGUACCUGGUGAUGACAAUGACAUCAUAAAUCGAAAGCAGGCUUUUGGAUCCAAUACAUAUCCUCGAAAGAAAGGACGCAGUUUCUGGAUGUUCGUCUGGGAAGCUUGUAAGGAUACGACAUUGAUCAUCUUGAUGGUGGCUGCGGCUGCCUCCUUAGCACUCGGUAUAAAGACCGAGGGUAUAAAAGAAGGUUGGUAUGAUGGAGGAAGCAUUGCAAUGGCAGUAUUUAUCGUCAUUAUAUUUACAGCGGUAAGUGACUACAAACAAUCCCUUCAGUUUCAAAACUUGAAUGAGGAGAAGCAGAAUAUACAAAUGGAGGUUGUUAGGAAUGGACGUAGAACUAAAAUUUCAAUAUUUGAAAUCGUCGUUGGCGAUGUUGUUCCUCUCAAAAUUGGUGAUCAGGUUCCUGCAGAUGGAAUUGUUAUAUCCGGUCAUUCUCUUGCAAUCGAUGAGUCCAGCAUGACAGGGGAAAGCAAAAUUGUCCACAAGGACCCAACAAGAUCACCUUUUCUCAUGUCGGGAUGCAAGGUUGCCGACGGUUAUGGAAGCAUGCUGGUAACAAGCGUGGGAAUUAAUACAGAAUGGGGCUUACUUAUGGCGAGCAUAUCAGAGGAUAAUGGGGAAGAAACGCCAUUGCAGGUAAGGUUAAAUGGUGUCGCAACAUUUAUUGGAAUGGUCGGUCUUAUAGUGGCAGUGGCGGUGCUGAUAAUACUUGUGGUCAGAUUUUUCACUGGGCAUACCAGAACCCCCGGAGGUCAGGUCCAAUUUGUUGCUGGGAGGACUGGUGCUGGAGCUGCAAUAGAUGGCUUCAUUGGAAUAUUCACUGUUGCCGUGACCAUUGUUGUUGUGGCAGUGCCAGAAGGUCUUCCAUUGGCUGUAACUCUGACGCUUGCAUAUUCAAUGAGAAAAAUGAUGGCUGAUAAGGCAUUGGUCAGAAGAUUAUCAGCUUGUGAAACAAUGGGUUCAGCGACCACUAUAUGCAGUGAUAAAACAGGGACCCUUACGCUGAAUCAGAUGACCGUGGUUGAGGCCUACACUUGUGGAGAAAAGAUUGAUCCACCUGACAAUAAGUCCGUGCUUCCUGUUAGAGUUGUCUCAUUACUUACUGAAGGCAUUGCACAGAACACAACUGGAAGUGUCUUUGUGCCUGAGGGUGGUGGAGAACUUGAGAUUUCUGGAUCACCAACAGAAAAGGCCAUUCUGCAGUGGGGUUUAAAUCUUGGGAUGGAUUUUGGUGCUGCCCGAUCCAAUUCAGAGAUAAUUCAUGCUUUUCCCUUUAACUCAGAGAAAAAACGAGGUGGUGUUGCUGUGAAACUGUCAAAUUCCGAAAUCCGUGUGCACUGGAAAGGUGCUGCGGAAAUAGUCCUUGCUUCUUGUACGAGUUACAUCGAUGCAAAUGAUAAUGUGGUCCAGAUGGAUGAAGAUAAGCUAUCCCUUUUUAAAAAAGCAAUUGAAGAUAUGGCUGCUGGAAGCUUGCGUUGUGUUGCUAUUGCAUAUAGAACGUGCGAACCGGAGAAGGUUCCAUCAACUGAUGAGGAACUGGAAAACUGGCAGUUGCCUGAGGGAGAUCUUAUUUUGCUUGCAAUCGUCGGUAUCAAGGAUCCUUGUCGGCCUGGUGUCAGGGAAGCUGUCCAAUUGUGUAUCAAUGCUGGUGUAAAGGUUCGCAUGGUCACCGGGGAUAAUCUGCAGACAGCUAAAGCAAUAGCUUUAGAGUGUGGGAUAUUAGGGUCUGAUGCAGAUGCUACAGAACCUAAUUUAAUUGAAGGAAAGGCAUUCCGGAGCUUAACUGAUACGCAGAGAUUAAAUGUAGCUGAUAAGAUUUCGGUAAUGGGCAGGUCAUCACCUAAUGACAAACUCUUGCUUGUCCAAGCUCUAAGGAAAAAAGGGCAUGUUGUUGCCGUCACUGGAGAUGGCACAAAUGAUGCACCCGCUCUACAUGAGGCUGAUAUUGGACUUGCAAUGGGUAUCCAAGGGACAGAGGUUGCAAAAGAGAGUUCCGACAUCAUAAUACUGGAUGAUAAUUUUGCUUCUGUUGUGAAGGUUGUCCGAUGGGGUAGAUCAGUAUAUGCCAAUAUCCAGAAAUUCAUUCAGUUUCAGCUUACAGUUAAUGUUGCAGCAUUGAUAAUUAAUGUUGUGGCCGCGGUUUCAUCUGGCAAUGUUCCGCUGAAUGCGGUCCAGCUGCUGUGGGUAAAUCUUAUCAUGGACACACUUGGAGCUCUGGCACUGGCCACAGAGCCUCCUACAGAUCACCUGAUGCGUAGAAAGCCUGUUGGCAGAAGGGAACCUCUAAUCACAAAUAUUAUGUGGAGGAAUUUGAUAAUACAGGCUCUCUAUCAAGUGACUGUCCUCCUAGUCCUCAAUUUCGGGGGAAGGAGAAUCCUUAAUCUGCAACAUGAUACACCUGACCAUGCUUUCAGAGUUAGGAAUACAUUGAUAUUCAAUGCGUUUGUCUUCUGUCAGGUAUUCAAUGAAUUUAAUGCUCGAAAGCCAGACGAAAUCAAUGUGUGGAAGGGAGUAACUAAAAACCAUCUUUUCAUGGGAAUAAUUGCCCUUGAAGUAGUGCUUCAGGUUAUUAUCAUCUUUUUUCUGGGAAAGUUUGCCUCGACAGUUCGGCUGAGUUGGAAAUUGUGGCUUGUUUCUCUUGCCAUUGCUUUUGUCAGUUGGCCUCUUGCUGCUGUUGGAAAAUUAAUUCCCGUUCCGGAGAGAAACUUUGGAGAUUACUUCAAAUUUAAAAGUCGUAAACAAAAGAAUCCAAGCGGUAAAGGGGAUGCUCCAUUAGAAGGUUCUGCAUGAUAGGGGCUUGAAAUAUGUAUAGAAGCAAACACUACACCAACUUUGGAGGCCAAUGAGUUGUGAUAUGAAGUACAUGUCUAAGUUGUUGAUGGUUUUUUGGCUAACAAACAUGUCUAUACACUUGGGUUAGUCCAUAGGUUGUUAAUACCAACACUAUAAUCUGGCUUUUGUUUUCGUUUUCAGAUCUUUUGUUUUAUGCCUUUGGAAUUUGAAAUAGCAGUAGGCGAGAAAUCGGCCUCGUCUAAGUUUGCUUAUGUGGUUUAUUGGAACUUGUACAUGUGGUUUAGCAAAAACUCUUUUUUAAUGGAGAACUUACCCAGAUAUCUUUUACAUUACCACCCUUCAGACUUGUGGAGUCCAUACUCCAUAUAUAUUAAAUGAUGCGGAGCCAAAGAGUGUUUUGGUACUAUCAAUAUUAUUAUAUUAUAUAUCAUUACAUGACUUUGGAAAUAGAUCCUGUUAGUCAUGUCAAUUAUACUCGGAAUGGUAUGUGGAAAUUUGCAUCUGCUUUCCUAAACAAAUGGGGAG